AUGUUUUCUGUCAAAGCUGCUCGGGCACUGACGCGGCCUGGGGUGGACAUUCCCCGUACUUGGCUGCUGAUCAGAUGGAGGCUCUGCUUCACUGCACGGUCCCACACCGAGCGGAGGGACCGUGUCAGCAGCCGCAGCCACACUCAGCGGGAUUCAGCACGACUGGACUGUCCAAAACAACCGGGGAGUGAAAGCAGAAACCUCAGCACCUCCUCCACCUCCACCACCACAGCUCCUAAUGAGAUCUCUGUGGACUUUGACCUGACCCGAGAGUCUUAUAAAAGCAAAGACUCAUUAGAGCUGCUCAGAGGUUUGGUGGUUUUUAAAGUCUGCUCCUAUGACAUCAUGGUCGAUAAGAAUCAAGAGAUAAUGGAUCUAUGUAAAAAGCUUCUGGGCCAGAGAACCUUCAACCAGUUCAUGAAAAUAACAUUUUAUGGUCAGUUUGUGGCCGGUGAAGAUGAGAAGGCUGUCAGGCCACUGAUCCAGAAGAAUCAGGCCUUCCGUGUUGGCUCCAUACUGGACUAUUGUGUGGAGAAAGAUAUCAGCCAGGAGAAGCCAGAAAUGAGCAACUCAUGUGAAUCCUCUGCAGCAAACGAGAGCAUAGGCAAAAACAACAGAGAGAUAGAUUUUAAAGAGCAUAAACAAUCUGGGGACCGUCGUGGAGGAGUGACUGGGGUCUGCAGCAACGAGGGCAAAUGUGACCAGAAUAUGGAAAUCUUCAUCAAAUGCAUCAGCGCCUCCAGUGAGAGUUCAAUGGACGCUUUCUCUGCCAUCAAAAUGACUGCUCUAGGUCAACCUCAGGUUCUGAUCAAAUUGUCAGAGGUCCUUGUGAAAUGGCAGCGAUUUUUCAACUUCCUGGCAUUGCAGCAGGGGAAACAUGGUAUGGAAGUCUUAGAGCAGAAGGUGGACCUAAACCAACUACAGGAACUAUUGACCAAACUGGGUGCAAAAGGUGACUUCUAUGGCUGGUUUUCUAGCAGGAAAGAGGAAAACUCACGAAUCAUUGACGUGCUUGACUGGAACAGCUUAUUAGAUCACAGAGCAAAGGUACCGGACCUCCUGGUUGUUCCAAAUCUAAAGCAAAGGAUGCUGGAGCCUUUGCUGCAGAAUUUCACCACAGAGGAGGAGGAACAGUUGAAGAGGACGGUGCAGCGGAUGGACGUCUUAGCUAAGCAUGCCGUAGGGAAAGGUGUUUGCUUGCUGGCAGACGCAGAGCAAACUUACUUCCAGCCAGCCAUCAGCAAACUGACAUUAGACAUGCAGAGGAUUUAUAACCGAGAAAAGGCUGUCGUCUUUAACACGUACCAAUGCUACCUGAAGGAAGCCUAUCAUAACGUGACUAUGGAUGUAGAACUGUCACGGCGUGAGCGUUGGCGUUUUGCUGCCAAGCUGGUACGUGGAGCCUACAUGUAUCUGGAGCGAGAAAGGGCCCGAAAGAUUGGCUAUGAAGACCCAAUCAACACUGAUUAUGAGUCUACUAAUAGAAUGUACCACAGGUGUCUAGAUUAUGUGCUGGAUGAGAUUGCACACCACAGAAAUGCCAGUGUCAUGGUUGCUUCCCAUAAUGAAGGCACAGUGAAACACACCUUAAGGAGAAUGAAUGAGCUGGGUCUCGUACCCACGGAGAACAAGGUGUACUUUGCUCAGCUGCUGGGCAUGUGUGAUCAGAUCAGCUUCCCACUAGGCCAGAAAGGCUUCCCUGUCUACAAGUAUGUCCCCUAUGGGCCGAUGAAUGAGGUUAUGCCUUACCUGUCACGGAGAGCCCAGGAGAACAGAGGCUUCAUGAAAGGCACCCAAAAGGAGAGAGAGCUGCUGUGGAAGGAGCUGAAACGCAGGCUCACCUCUGGGGAGCUUCUCUACAGACCUGUGCACUGAGAACACAGAAGAAGAGAGACUGACUGUUAGCAUGCAGAUUUUUUCCAAAUCUUUACUGGUUGAUGUCUGUUCUGUCUCUUCUGUGCUACAGCUCUUCCCGGACAUGCACCUGCUGUUGUGUGACUCUUUUUGUUUGCCACACUUUGUUCCUCUUGUUCCUCACUGAUACAAUCCACCUUCACUUCUACCCCUGCCUACAUACACUGUCCAUGCACGCUCACUUAUUUGCCCCUUCUGCCUCUGCAUCCAUAAGCAUCACUCCCUCCAUCUUCCCCGUUGCCUAAAGAACUGUGGUGUCCCUCAACUGGGCAUCUUAACGGCUCCAAAAGGACUCGCUAAAAUGUCAACAAGACUUGGGUGGGCUUCUGUUUUUAUCACCCUAUUUAUCAUGGAGAGGGGCAACAAUAAUAAAAAUAAGAGCUUGAUUUAAAAAGCAGUAAAGGAAACAUCAAUAUUCCACCUGCGUUUUUUUUAGACACUGACAACCAGACACUACCCAGAAAAGGCUUUUUCCUACUGUACAUUUGUGUGACGUCUUUGACGUUGUUGUGGCAGACGUGCCCAUUUGUGAAUCAGCGCGAAAGGAAUAUGAAUGGUUUCCUCUCGGCACAUCCCUAUUCUUCUAAAAAUGCGUUUUCUUUGUUAUUGUAUUAGCCGGGGGAAGUUAUAUUAAUGGUCACUGAAGUGUUACAAGAGAGAAUACAGUGUUGAGUAUUCAGCGAAUGAAUCACAUUUUGUUUCCCAGCUGCCUGUAAGUCAGGAAUGUUGUUUAUUAAUAAUACAAUCUGCAAGAGGAUAAUAAAUUAGUGCGUUGCCUUUUGGUCCUGCAUACUGAUGGAUGAGCAUUAUGCAAAUUGUUCAUUUUAAUAUUAAUGUUCAAAGCAGGUAAUCCUUGUUUAUCAAUUGAUAGACCUGUUCUAUUGAUGAAUAAAGAAAUAGAAUAUUGUAUUAAAAGCCAAAUUUAAAGUGAAAAUAUAGUUCAGAAAAGGAGAAGGGCUAGAUGUUAUUGACAACGACAUUGUAGCUGAGAGCAGUUUGCACAGCUCAGGUUGUUUCGGGUUUUAAUUUUGUGACAUUCCACGUGAUUAUUGAUACACAAUUAGUAUUUGAGGCAGAGGGCAACCAAGCUUCAUGAUAAUUACGGGCUUGUCAUUUUAUGAGAGCAGUGAGUGCUCUGUCGACCAUCAUUUAAUUACCCAUGAUGCUGCGCUCAGUGCAGAUCACAGAAAUUGGAUGCAUUAAUCAUUACUCAGAAGAAACUUUAGUGGCUGUUAUGUUCUACUGAGGCAAAGCACCACAGAGCUGAGCUUAAUUAAGAAUGAAGUCUACUUUUGAUGAAAGAUGUGCCUUUGAGUAUACGUUCGCCAACACAUUUCUUCUUACAUGGCGUGGAAGUGAUUUAGAGGACAUGUUACAGUGCGGAACUGUUCGUCCAGAUUCCUCAAGAUGUUUGACCAAACCAGCAUGGGCUCAUAUUCUUUGAGCCUUUAUUAUUACUUCUUACCUCAUUAUACCACACAGCUGAGGCAAAUUGACUUUAUGGAAAUAAUACUGACAUUAUAUUAUGGAAGAUGGGAAGGACAGCAUGGAUUAUAGAUUUUUCUUGGGCUCCUUUGCUGCCGGCGCCACGUGGACUGACUUUUGGGAUCGUAUGGAUUUAUUAUUUCUUUUUGGGUCCUUGUGAUUUCAGUGAGGCCAGGGAAGCAGCUUUUCAAAGCAUUGUUUUUCAGGUUUUGUAAUUUUUACUGCGGCGCAUAGAAUGAAUUGCCUUGCAGCUGUUGUAAUCCAGCAGCUAUUUAAUCUGCAACCAGUGUUUGUGCGCCUGUAGACAAACCUACAAUAAGGAGUACAAUGUCUUUGAGGCAGCCAGGACUAUUGUGUGUUUUUAUCUUUCGAUAGCAAAUUGAGAGAUUAGUGGCUCAUAGUGGCAAAUAAAAAGAAAACCUGU